AUAGCUCUAAAGUUCGAAAGAGAGAACAUAAACGAACCUUUCAUGAUUUGUGUUCUUCAAAGGAUCUCUCUUUUCCGCGUUCCAAAAUCUCUCGGAUUCUCUCAUUUUCAUAAUUGAAUCUUCUCUUAUCCUUUGACUUCAGUCAGUAAAACUUUAUCAUGGCGAGGAAGACAGAGGAACUUUAUCUACUUUUUGGACUGUAAGAGCACAUUUGUAAUGGUGGAAUGGAAAGAAAUACAAUAGAUGACUUUGAACCAGGUCCACUUCCUUCGCCCAGGCAAUUAGACAGGUUUGGAUUCUUAAAAAAGGAACAGAAUAGUUCUUCAGAUGCUUUAACCAAGAACAGGUCCACCGUAAACGAGAGGGAGGAAAGAAGAGUUAGAAAAUGGAGGAAAAUGAUUGGAGUUGGAGGGAGUGACUGGAAGCAUUAUGUUAGGAGAAAGCCAAAUGUUGUUAAAAGGCGUAUAAGGAAAGGUAUUCCCGAUUGUUUAAGGGGUCUUGUUUGGCAGUUGAUUUCUGGAAGUCGAGACUUGCUGUUGAUGAAUCCUGGAGUCUAUGAGCAAUUGGUAAUAUAUGAGACAUCAGCCUCUGAAUUGGAUAUCAUUCGUGAUAUCUCUCGUACCUUUCCUUCACACGUCUUCUUCCAGCAGAGACAUGGACCUGGUCAAAGAUCUCUCUACAAUGUCUUAAAGGCAUAUUCGGUUUUUGAUAGGAAUGUUGGAUAUGUUCAGGGAAUGGGAUUUUUAGCUGGUUUGUUGCUUCUCUAUAUGAGUGAAGAGGAUGCAUUCUGGCUGUUGGUGGCAUUACUUAAAGGUGCAGUUCAUGCUCCAAUGGAAGGAUUGUAUCUGGCGGGGCUUCCUCUAGUGCAGCAGUACCUAUUUCAAUUUGAUAACCUUGUGAGAGAGCAGCUGCCUAAGCUUGGAGAGCAUUUUACUCGGGAGAUGAUAAAUCCUAGCAUGUACGCGAGCCAAUGGUUUAUUACUGUUUUCUCUUACUCUUUUCCCUUCCAUUUGGCCCUACGAAUUUGGGAUGUCUUUCUUUAUGAGGGUGUUACUAUUGUCUUCAAAGUUGGUUUGGCUCUUCUAAAGUACUGCCAUGAUGACUUGGUAAAAUUGCCGUUUGAAAAACUCAUACAUGCUUUGCGAAAUUUCCCGGAGGAUGCAAUGGAUCCAGAUACAUUAUUGCCCAUGGCUUACUCAAUUAAAGUAUCGAAGCAGCUGGAGGAAUCGAAACAACUGUAUGAGUCGAAGCAUGUGAAAGAGAUUCAAGAUGAAGGCGAUGCAAAUGGGAAACAAGAACAGCUGCAGUGAAGGUUUCUUUUCUCAAUUCUCAAGGGAACCAAAGUGUAUCCAAUGUGAAAACGUAAUACAAUUUUUCUUUUUUUCUCUUUUGUUAUGAUAUCUCUCUGCGCUUAUGAAUCUGUGUAGGAUGUAAAGUAAAUGAUGCAUUUGCAAUUGCAUAGUCGUUAUUUAUCA